UGGUGAAAAUCCCUCCAUGUAUAUACUUGUACUUUGUUCCUAUUGAUUCCCUUAGUUGUACAUUGUUGUACUUUUAUUACAUUUGAGUUGUUAAUACUUGUAUUUUUUAUUAUAGUUUUUGUUUUUCUUACGCAUUCACUAAGUUUGUGCUUCUUCCUGAACUGCAUCUGUGUUGUUUUACUUGACACUUGUUCUUGGCGGUAGCCAUAUUGAUUUGUUCCUCCUGUUGUGUGUGAUCUAUCCAGCCAGGAUAGAAUAACGUUGAUUUGUUGUGAUUGGUAAUUUUUCUCAUCUUCUAUCAACUUCUUUAUUAUUGUAAUUUAGAUUUAAUUGAUUGAACAAUCAUUGGUUGAAUAGCCGGGUGAUAAUAUUUGUUUAGGUAAUGAUUUACAUUAAAAUUAUUAUGAAUUAUAGAACCGCUAGUUACCCGAUUACUUGUUCUGAUUUCGACGGGAAAGGGCGCGUGUCUAACAUCCUCUAUCGGCUAUUCUUCAACAUCCAAACCGUAGUUUGGAUUCUACAGUUCUAAACAAAUUAAUAAUUGGUUGAAUUCGUUUGGCAAUCGUUCGCGGAUUUUGAUUAUCGUUUCUGGAAAUAUUUGGUCGUUUCGUUUGUAAUGCCAACUAAUCGUCGAAAGAAAUCAAGCUCGAAGUUCGUUGAUGUUAAUGAAGAAUCCCCUAUUACCAAGCAAGUGCCUUUUGAUGUCCUUAAGUGUCAUGGUUCAGACUCGAAUAGGGUUUAUUAUCAUGGUAGUGACUCUAGUCUUAAUUCGAUGACAGAUGACGCAAAAAAUCUUAGUUUAACGGAGAAGCAAAGGCUUGAAUUAUCAGGAAAAAGCGUUUUGCCUAUAGCGCCUGUUGUUGGUCUAGAAUUACCAAAGGUUGAAUUGAGUUAUUUCGAUGGACAACCAAGAGGAUACUGGAUAUUUAUAAGGCAAUUUGAGACCUAUGUAGCGUCAAGAGUCACUGAUGAUAGCCAACGUUUGCUCUAUUUGAUGCACUAUUGUAAGGGCAAGGCGAAAAGAGCUAUUGAGGGUUGUGUCAUGAUGGAAGCAUCGUCUGGUUAUAAAAGAGCAAGGGAAAUUCUAAAACGUUUGUUCGGGCAGGCGCAUGUAAUCGCUCGGGAGACUUUAGAGGACUUAUUCAAAACUACAAAUGUUGAUUACAGUGAUCCUGAGCAACUAACAAAUCUGGCUAUUAGGAUGGAAAAUUGUUCUAUGGUUUUGAAACAGAUGAAGUAUACUGCCGACUUAAAUUCUCUAUUUACCUUAGAGAGAAUAGUAGGACUCUUACCUCAAGUUAUGCAAGCCCAGUGGGCGGACUGGGUGGAUGAAUUGACUGAAGAUAAUAGAGAACCAACCUUUGACGAGCUUACUCAAUUUAUAGCAUCCCGCGCGAGGGUAGCUAAUAGUAGGUUUGGACGGUUAGCGAAAAGUCCGAGAAAGGGACACAACUUGAAGACAAAUUGUCACUGGCAAUUGGAGCAGGAGAAUAAUUCGAAAGGGAGAGCUAAAUGCAGUAUGUGUUCCCUGGACCAUGCUAUUUAUAAAUGUCCAAAUUUUUUAGCGCUUACCGUUCAAGAGAGAUGGUCUCACGCGAAGGUUAAUGGCAUCUGUUUUGUCUGCCUGAGGCUAGGGCAUAAAGUUAAUGAAUGUAAGAUAACAAGGCUCUGUAAGGUCGACAGUUGCGAGAGGAGACAUCAUCCGCUGCUGCACACUGACUCGACAAGCAACGUCAUAAAUGAUAAGCCAUCAUGCCCGGAAUAUAGGAAAAGAGUUGUUAAUCAUACCAGUAAGAUGCAGGCAUUAGAGAACGAAAAACGUAAGCCUUAUGACGUAGAGUUUUCAGAUGCUUAUUCAAGUGAUAAAUCAUUAUCAGUAGACGACAAGGUGGCUAUAAAGAUUGUGGAAGGUGGCACGCGCUUCGGCAACGGUCAUUUUGUAGUUUCUAUAUUUUGGAAAAAGAAUCCAGAUAUGAGAGUGGAUAAUUAUGAAGUAGCAAACCGUAGAUUACAAAGUUUGAAGGGUAUGUUGUCGAAGGAUGUCAGUCUGCACAUCAAGUAUAUCAAAAGUACUGAAAGUGAUAUUACUAAGACUUAUGCGGAGAGGGUCUUUGAAAUAUAUCUGCAGUCUUAUUAUCGCCCUCGAUGGUAUUUACCUCAUCGUGCAGUAUUAAACAUGAAAAAACCAGAUUUUAGAGUGGUCAUUGAUUGUGUCGCCCAGUUUGCAGAGGUUCCCCGGAAUGAUAUGAUUUAUCAAGAACCCAAUACCACCGCUGAGUUAAUGUGUAUAUUAUUAGGUUUUCGCAAGGAGGCAGUUGCAAUCCCUGCAGAUGUUGAAGAAAUGCUCAUGCAAGUGAAUGUUCCUGAGUCUGAUCGAGGAGCUUCAAGAUUUCUGUGGUGGCAGGAGGGGGACAUGUCGAGAGAACCGUCUGAGUUUCAUAUGACAACUCAUGCAUUUGGUGUCACAUCAUCGCCGUUUCGUGCGAACUUUGCUUUGAAUAAAACGGCCCAAAUAUUCUCUGACGAUUAUGAUAGUUAUGUCGUAGAUACUGUCAAGAAUAAUUUCUAUGUCGAUGAUUGCUUGAUAUCUAUUCCCAGUUGUGAUCAAGCAAAGAGUUGCGUUAAGCAUAUAAGUGAAUUUAAGAACAGCAGUGAAGUAGUAAGUCAUGAUGAUCUGAAAGGUUUAUCGGUGAUGAUGCUUGAUGGGUUACUCUGCGUUGGAGGUCGACUAAGAUACUCAGAUUCCCCAAAUGCUUUUAAACAUCCAGUAAUUUUACCCAGUCGACACUUAGUGACGGAAAUGAUUAUUAGACAUUGUCCUAAAGAACAAGGACACAUAGGAAGAUCAUUAGAAAAGGGGUAUGGAUAUGUGUUUUCUUGUUUGCAAACAUGGGCAGUACAUAUUGAAAUGAUGUGUAGUUUGAUUACUGAUUCAUUUAUAAUGGCCUUAUUACGUUGUAUUGGAAGAAGAAGGAAACCUCCGGAGAUUUACAGUGACAGUGCGUCAAGCUUCGUGUGGGCAGUUUCUGAGUUAAGGAAGUUUGUGCAACCGUCGAAUCAGCAGAAGAUAAAUAGUGAAUUGUCAGCGAGGCCCUCAUCCAACAGCAUGGGUGGAGUUUGGGGAAGAGUGACUAAGUCUAUACCACGAGUGUUAUUGUUGGACACCAGAGAGCAAGUGAAACAGGUCUCUUUGAAGCUUCGGAUUAGUCUUUGUUGUUAUUAAUGUAGGUAGGUCGAGUAGGCGUACUGUUGUAAGUCCUACUCGUUCCUAUAGUGUGAUAUGUUAUAUAAUGAACCAUGAUCGUAGGCAUCAAGGUAGCUUGUGUGGUAUGGAGGGAUUUUGGGGGCCGGUGUAAGAUCCAUUUUGAACGUUUUAUGUGUUGGUGAAAAUCCCUCCAUGUAUAUACUUGUACUUUGUUCCUAUUGAUUCCCUUAGUUGUACAUUGUUGUACUUUUAUUACAUUUGAGUUGUUAAUACUUGUAUUUUUUAUUAUAGUUUUUGUUUUUCUUACGCAUUCACUAAGUUUGUGCUUCUUCCUGAACUGCAUCUGUGUUGUUUUACUUGACACUUGUUCUUGGCGGUAGCCAUAUUGAUUUGUUCCUCCUGUUGUGUGUGAUCUAUCCAGCCAGGAUAGAAUAACGUUGAUUUGUUGUGAUUGGUAAUUUUUCUCAUCUUCUAUCAACUUCUUUAUUAUUGUAAUUUAGAUUUAAUUGAUUGAACAAUCAUUGGUUGAAUAGCCGGGUGAUAAUAUUUGUUUAGGUAAUGAUUUACAUUAAAAUUAUUAUGAAUUAUAGAACCGCUAGUUACCCG